CAAGGAUAGAGAUAUCCAAGUAGAGUACAUAGCAAACGACUCGAGCCAUGGCCUUUCCUAGCUUUGCAAUGUCCCUGCUUUUGCUCUUCCUGACCAUGCCCUACUCUUCCCUUUCCCUCUCAUGCCCAGCUACUUCUUGCGAAUGUGAGCUUAGCAUGCAGUUGUACUUGCACCAGAUUGUUCAAGGUCAACCAACACACAACCAGGUAGUAACAAGUGAGACAAACGAGCCAGGCGGGUUUGGUAUGCAUGUUGUUGUUGAUUGGGCUGUGGUUGAUGCAGUUCAACCCAACGCAACAGUCAUUGCCCAUGCAAAAGGCCAGCUAGUGCGGGCAUCUGUAGGCUUUCCAGCCAGAUAUGUUAACUAUUUCAGCGUGGUAUUCCAGAAUGGCAGGUUCAGUGAGUCCACACUUGAAGUGAUGGGGAACUUUUAUGAUGAUAAAAAUGAUGGCCAGAUGGCAGUUGUGGGUGGUACCGGAGAAUUUGUUUCAGCACAUGGCGUCAUCAAGUACAAAAAAGUUCAGGGCAUUCCCAAUGUGGAGAGUUACAGAGAGUUCAAUAUCAGUGCAUCCUACCCCGCAACAACUGGCUAUACAUGUGACACUGCCAUCCUGUGAGCCAUUCAAAGUUUGUGCUAGCAAACCCAUAAUGGGUAUCUGCGACAAGAUUUAGUACAUGAAGUUGUUCUUGUGGCUAAAUAAAAUAAUAUAUGGAUUUGUAUCAUAGGUUUCUUAUUAAAUCUCAAAAGAAUCCAUGUUCCACUGUUUGUUCCUUGUUUUGUAGUCUAUGUGUUUGUAUAAUUUGUAUCUUACCAUAUGUGUGUGGAUCAAAAAAUAAUGAAGUUUCCUU